AUCUUUAGCCGUCCACCCAGGAUUUUAAGCUAUAUUCAUGCUGCUUUUAUCUUCUAUUUGGAUCAAAAGAUUCUAUCAUUAAUGAAAGUUCUUGCGAGCUCAUUCAGUUCUAAAACGUAACCCAUCUCCUUCAAAGUUAUCUUUUCCUUUCUAGUCACCAUCGUCAAAAUCCAAAGGAUCUCACUACCUCCUCUUCUCCCAAGGGGGGGGGGGAACGACCGUUUCCAGCUCCCCUCCCCACCCGCUGAAACACGCCCGUCCCAGGAUAGGAGGCAAAGUGUAACAGGUCGGCAGGCGACCCGGCGCCCAGAAGCGGGACCGACUCGGGCAGCCAGUCACCACCGCCGUGAAGAUCCGGGCGAUCUGCCAGAAAGAGAACGUCCCCCAAUCCCGGGAGCUGACUGGCGCUCAGAAACCGGAGACAGAGCGAGUGACAGGCAGAGAAAGAGCCCCAACCCUGUGGGACCGCCUGAAACACGCAAAGAAUGCAACAGAAACGUCAGGAAUUCAGGGUGGGCAGCAACCGGCCAGAGCGAUCAACCAAGUUCAAACCCAGCUCCGAAGGCAGGCACAUGGCUGAGACCCUCGGGCUGGGUAACGGCUCCCGGGAUCGGCCUACGAACAGGAAAGUGACAGUCUCUCGUUCAAGGCCCAACUGGCUCCCAAAAGUGGGAGCUGGAGCCCCAGCUUUGCGGUAACCCGCGUCGGGACACUCGGCACGGGUCUGAGGGCGGGCCUGGGGGAGGAGCCGCGCUCCUUCCCCGCCCCCUAGCAGCCGCCUCUCCGCGGCCGGACGGCGUCCUCAGUGCGCCUGCGUAGGGUGAGGCCGCACUCUAUUUGGCCAUUAAGCGUGCGGCGGCAGCGGCGUUCUAUACCCGGCAUGCCGUGCGGGAGCGGCGAUCCUACGUCGAUCCCUUUUCCAACCCUGCCUCCUUUCCCCCCGCCCGCCGCGGCCCCCCCUUCCCCUAAAGUGAGUGAGUGAGACCGGCAGAUGGAGGAGGGACUGUAAUGGCGGCGGCCGGCAGCUCCCUGCUCUGACCCACGGCAGGCACACAGCAACGACCCCCUCCCCGCCCCUCUCCCGGCGGCCUCCGCCCCGCCGCCAGCGCGGGGCCACCCUCUCCGGCCCUUCCCCCGGCAGUCGGCGUCUCGCCCUGUGCCCCGGCCGGGGCCCCUCACACAAUGGACGAGCUUGCCGGAGGCGGUGGUGGAGGCCCGGGGAUGGCGGCCCCUCCCCGGCAGCAGCAGGGACCUGGGGCGAACCUGAGCCUCUCGCCGGGAGGGAAUGGAGCGGCGGGCGGCGGGGGUCCAACGGCCUCGGAGGGAGCGGGUCCCGCGGCAGGCCCCGAGCUGUCCCGGCCGCAGCAGUACACUAUCCCGGGGAUCCUGCACUACAUCCAGCACGAGUGGGCUCGGUUCGAGAUGGAGCGAGCGCACUGGGAGGUGGAGCGGGCCGAACUGCAGGCCCGGAUAGCAUUUUUACAAGGAGAAAGAAAAGGUCAAGAGAACUUGAAGAAGGAUUUAGUAAGAAGAAUAAAGAUGUUAGAAUAUGCAUUAAAGCAGGAAAGGGCAAAAUAUCACAAAUUGAAAUAUGGCACAGAACUGAACCAAGGCGAUUUGAAAAUGCCAACCUUUGAAUCAGAAGAAACCAAAGACACAGAAGCUCCCACAGCACCUCAGAAUAGCCAGUUAACGUGGAAGCAAGGCAGACAGCUGUUAAGACAGUAUCUUCAGGAAGUAGGAUACACAGAUACAAUAUUAGAUGUACGGUCUCAGCGGGUAAGGUCAUUACUUGGACUAUCUAAUUCAGAACCAAAUGGAUCAGUAGAAACAAAGAAUUUAGAACAGAUCCUGAAUGGAGGUGAAUCUCCUAAACAAAAAGGACAAGAAGUCAAAAGGUCUUCUGGUGAUGUUCUUGAGACAUUCAAUUUCUUAGAAAAUGCUGAUGACAGUGAUGAGGAAGAGGAAAAUGACAUGAUUGAAGGCAUCCCAGAAGGAAAAGACAAACAUCGGAUGAAUAAACACAAAAUAGGUAAUGAAGGUUUAGCUGCUGACUUAACUGAUGAUCCUGAUACUGAGGAAGCACUGAAAGAAUUUGAUUUUUUAGUCACUGCUGAAGAUGGAGAGGGAGCUGGAGAAGCACGGAGUUCAGGGGAUGGCACAGAAUGGGAUAAAGAUGACCUCUCCCCAACUGCUGAGGUUUGGGAUGUAGACCAGGGACUAAUAAGUAAACUGAAGGAACAGUACAAGAAGGAACGAAAGGGGAAGAAAGGGGUGAAGACUGAACCAAUAACGUUUCCAUCUGGAGGAGGCAAGUCAUUUAUUAUGGGUUCUGAUGAUGUUUUGUUAAGUGUACUGGGCCUUGGAGACCUUGCAGACUUGACGGUAACAAAUGAUGCAGACUAUAGUUAUGAUUUGCCUGCCAAUAAAGAUGCCUUUCGAAAAACAUGGAACCCCAAGUAUACACUGCGUAGCCAUUUUGAUGGAGUACGGGCAUUAGCUUUUCAUCCUGUAGAACCUGUGCUGGUCACUGCCUCUGAGGACCAUACCUUGAAACUUUGGAACUUGCAAAAAACAGUUCCAGCCAAAAAGAGUGCCUCUUUAGAUGUAGAGCCUAUCUACACAUUUAGGGCCCACAUUGGCCCUGUUCUAUCAUUAGCUAUUAGUUCUAAUGGAGAACAGUGUUUUAGUGGAGGUAUUGAUGCAACCAUCCAGUGGUGGAAUAUGCCUAGCCCCAAUGUGGAUCCAUAUGACACAUAUGAGCCAAAUGUCCUAGCUGGCACUUUAGUUGCUCAUUCAGAUGCAGUCUGGGGUCUUGCUUAUAGUGGCAUAAAAAAUCAGUUACUAUCUUGUUCAGCAGAUGGCACUGUUAGGUUAUGGAAUCCACAAGAAAAAUUGCCAUGUAUUUGCACUUACAAUGGAGACAAGGAGCAUGGAAUACCUACUUCAGUUGACUUUAUAGGCUGUGAUCCAGCUCAUAUGGUGACCUCUUUCAACACUGGUAGUGCAGUAAUUUAUGAUUUAGAAACAUCACAGUCAUUGGUGAUGCUUUCAUCACAGGUAGAUUCUGGUUUACAAUCUAUUAAUCACAUUAACAGAGUAGUAAGCCAUCCCACACUUCCUGUAACAAUAACUGCUCAUGAAGAUAGACACAUCAAAUUUUUUGACAAUAAAACGGGUAAAAUGAUCCAUUCUAUGGUAGCUCAUUUGGAUGCUGUUACAAGUCUAGCAGUAGAUCCUAAUGGAAUCUACUUGAUGUCUGGAAGUCAUGACUGUUCUAUUAGAUUGUGGAACUUAGACAGCAAGACAUGUGUGCAAGAAAUAACAGCUCAUAGGAAGAAAUUGGAUGAAUCAAUUUAUGAUGUUGCUUUCCAUCCAUCAAAAGCAUAUAUUGCCAGUGCAGGAGCUGAUGCCCUUGCCAAAGUUUUUGUGUGAAUCAGCAAAAACUCACAUCAUAGCAAAAGAUUUGCUUGGACAGAAAGAGGGUCUGCAUCACUGCCAUCAGAAAAGGUUACUGAUAUGACACUACACGUGAUCGGCCUGGUGAAGGCUGUUCGGGGCAGGUCGAAGUUGAUGGAAAUCACAUCUUAAUGUCAGGCUCAUUAAUUUAACUGUAAUUAGUGUAUUUCAUGGGACAAAAGGAAAAAAGGACUCCAGUAUUUGUGGCCUGUACUGGAUACGAACUGAGCAUAUGUUCUGUUUUUUGUGUUUUGUGUUUUUUUUUUUUUUUUUUAAAGGUGUCUAUAAGCCAAUGUGGAGUCUGAUCUUACAAAAAGACUCUUUUUUUGGACUCUGUGUGCUGCCUUAGGGUUAGGAAUGUGGUGCUCUUGUUGGGGGAAGUGAGCUCCAAGAGUAGCUGUUUUUCAUCUCUUAGUGAUCUUCUGUUUAUCAGUUGAAUGCCACAGAUUCCCUUUUAAACUUAUUUUGCUUUAAAAAAAAAAAGAAAAGAAAAUUUAACUUAAAAUAUUUUAGCAUUAGUUGCACAAAAUGUUUGGAUAAAAUUCUAGUUUUUAUAAGUCUUUUUAUAUAUUUAGCCUGUCACAACAGUGCUCAAGAUUGUAUUGAAGUUUGUCUGCAUUAUACGCCCCUAAAGCAGAUCUCACUGACCCGCUGCCCUGUAACCACUUAACUUUCCUCCUUCUGCCUAAUACAGCUCAGCUAAGUCCUUCCAGAAAGAUGCUAAAUCACCUUCAUCGUCAUAUAAAUGUCUUCAUAAACCAAGGACUAUUAAGUAUAUUAAAAUGAAACAAUGGGGUUUAGUACUCCAAAGGAACUCUUUAAAAAGAAAAACUAAUCUUGGCAUCCUAUCACUAUGUGAUAUUUUGUACAUCUUACUGUAUUUACAAGUUUAUUUAUCAAGGAUUAUCCAUCUUGCUAAUGGCCUAUUAUUUAUUUCACUUUUUGUUGGUCUUUAUAUCCUUUUAUUAAUGUGCUAAAGGAACCUGUAUAUCUAUUUUGGAACUCUUUGAAUAGUCUAAAAUAGACUAAAAAUGGAAUAUUUUAUAGUUUAAGUUACAAACCAAGGUGGUUCUCCCCAAGAUAUGUAUCUUGGUUCACCAUGAUUCCAAACAAAACUAUCUUGUUUGAAAAUAUUUGGAGUAAAAUUUUAUUUGCAUUACGAAUAGGACACAAAAUAAUUGAAUCAGGAUACAGAAAUCUGUGUUUGGACUAGUUUUCCCUGUUUUAUUUUUUUAGGUGUGCUUAAUUUUAUGGUGUAACUAAAGAUUUUGUUUGUGUGAUGCAUGAUUAAGACAAUAAAGUAUUUUUUCUAGUCUUCCAAAAAACUUUUCUGAUCAGUUUGCAAGUUUUGAUGAGUUUUGUAAGGUUUCUGUUUUACAAACUAUGAAUCAUCCAGUUUUUAAGAUUGUACCACAUAGCAAACAUACAGCUGUUGAAAAAUAAUGUAUAUAAAAUGCAUAUAAUAAAUAUUAAAUUGUGUACCUGUA